AUGUCUCGCUUCUUCCAAAGUGUCUCCGCUAAGCGCACAGAGAGCCAAGGGGGACCAGGCGUGGAAGAGCAACACUUGAGGCAAUGGGGGCUGGCAGGUGAGUGGGAUCGUUGGCUUGGCUGCUCUGCACCAAGUUUCCCCUAAGUCAGAGCUUUUCAACCUUUUGGAUUCCACGGCUCCCUAAAGCAACUCCUGUGCGGCUCAGGAGCCCAGUUAUGUCACCACCACCCUCAAUUUGGGUAUGCAGAAGAUAUUAAAAUUAAAUUUAAAUAACCGCAGAAAGAGGAGGAAGGAAGUUUUGAAAUGUCAAAAUGUUUGUAAAAUUAACGAAAUGUAUAAAAUCAGUGAAAUGUCUAAACUUGAAAAGUAUAAAUAAAAAAAAUUGAAAAAAAAGUUAUGUCACCCUUUGCCUGCAGAGCUGACAGCCUCUCACCCUUUUUCAAACACCCUUCCUUGGGGAGUGCUCCCUUAGCCUCCUCUCCUCUCCUCUCCUUGGGUGUCCUCUGGGCAGCCGCUGCUGCUGCCCCUGGUCUCUGAGCUGACCCACCACCCCACCCCAAAGAGAGGUACCUCCCAGACUGAGGCCCUAUUCACCAGCAGGGCUUUUAGCCAGGGCUGCUUCAACAAACAGAUGCAAGUCUUUGGGAGAGAGAGACAGGAGAAGGCAUCAGAGGAGGGAGGGAAGGAAGCAAAGAGGGACAGAGGCCAGUGUUGCCCGCAGCCUCUAACCAUCAUUCAAGGCAUCAUGGCACACUGGUUGAAAACCACUACCCUAAGUGAGCAAAUUUUGUGGCUCCUAGGGGUGCGGCAAGAAAACUGCUAGCACGUUUGCAAAACUAAGCAGGGCCCAAUAUGCUUUCAAGUUGGGGGGGGAUGUGUUGAGAAGCCUGCAUCACAGGGAGUUAGGAUGGAUGACCUUGGGGGGGGGUCCCUUCAAUUCUCUACAAUUCUAUGAUUCUGCGGGAUGCUGCACUUAAGUGGUUCAAAUGUUUCCCAGCUCUGGCCAGAUUGCAUAUGUCUGGAGGGGGGAGUAUUGUUUUGUCUUUUUAUAGUGCAGAGCACCUCACAAUCUUUGGAGCCCACUCCUAGGGGCUGAGGUCCCUUUAGCUCCCCGAUUAAAAUAUUUACCCCUCCCCAAGUUGAUGGGCAGUGCCAUUCAAAUGGUAUGUGUGUGCCAUGUCUUGUGAUCGAUUAUGCGGGGCGGGGCUUGCCUUACUUGCCCCUCCCCAACAUUUUAUUCAAGUUCAUAGAAUCAUAGAAUCAUAGAAUCAUAGAAUCAUAGAGUUGGAAGAGACCACAAGGGUCAUCGAGUCCAACCCCCUGCCAAGCAGGAAACACCAUCAGAGCACUCCUGACAUAUGGUUGUCAAGCCUCUGCUUAAAGACCUCCAAAGAAGGAGACUCCACCACACUCCUUGGCAGCAAAUUCCACUGUCGAACAGCUCUUACUGUCAGGAAGUUCUUCCUAAUGUUUAGGUGGAAUCUUCUUUCUUGUAGUUUGGAUCCAUUGCUCCGUGUCCGCUUCUCUGGAGCAGCAGAAAACAACCUUUCUCCCUCCUCUAUGUGACAUCCUUUUAUAUAUUUGAACAUGGCUAUCAUAUCACCCCUUAACCUCCUCUUCUCCAGGCUAAACAUGCCCAGCUCUCUUAGCCGUUCCUCAUAAGGCAUCGUUUCCAGGCCUUUGACCAUUUUGGUUGCCCUCCUCUGGACACGUUCCAGUUUGUCAAUGUCCUUCUUGAAGUGUGGUGUCCAGAACUGGACACAGUACUCCAGGUGAGGUCUGACCAGAGCAGAAUACAGUGGCACUAUUACUUCCCUUGAUCUAGAUGCUAUACUCCUAUUGAUGCAGCCCAGAAUUGCAUUGGCUUUUUAGCUGCCGCGUCACACUGUUGGCUCAUGUCAAGUUUGUGGUCAACCAAGACUCCUAGAUCCUUUUCACAUGUACUGCUCUCAAGCCAGGUGUCCCCAUCUUGUAUUUGUGCCUCUCAUUUUUUUGCCCAAGUGCAAUACUUUACAUUUCUCCUGUUAAAAUUCAUCUUGUUUGUUUUGGCCCAGUUCUCUAAUCUGUCAAGGUCGUUUUGAAGUGUGAUCCUGUCCUCUGGGGUGUUAGCCACCCCUCCCAAUUUGGUGUCAUCUGCAAAUUUGAUCAGGAUGCCCUUGAGUCCAUCACCCAAGUCGUUGAUAAAGAUGUUGAAUAAGACCGGGCCCAAGACAGAACCCUGUGGCACCCCACUAGUCACUCUUCUCCAGGAUGAAGAGGAACCAUUGAUGAGCACCCUUUGGGUUCGGUCAGUCAGCCAGUUACAAAUCCACUGAGUGGUAGCAUAGUCAAGACCGCAUUUUACCAGCUUCUUUACAAGAAUAUCAUGGGGCACCUUGUCAAAUGCCUUGCUGAAAUCAAGGUAGGCUACAUCCACUGCGUUCCCUUCAUCCACCAGGCUUGUAAUUCUGUCAAAAACGAGAUCAGGUUAGUCUGACAUGACUUAUUUUUCAGAAAUCCAUGCUGACUAUUGGUGAUCACAGCAUUCCUUUCUAGGUGCUCACAGACUGUUUGCUUAAUGAUCUGCUCCAGAAUCUUCCCUGGUAUUGAUGUCAGACUGACUGGGCGGUAAUUAUUUGGGUCCUCUCUUUUCCCCUUUUUGAAAAUAGGGACAACAUUUGCCCUCCUCCAGUCUGCCGGGACUUCGCCUGUUCUCCAGGAAUUCUCAAAGAUGACUGCCAGUGGUUCUGAGAUCACAUCUGCCAGUUCUUUUAAUACUCUUGGAUGCAGUUCAUCUGGCCCUGGAGACUUGAAUACAUCUAAACUAGCCAAGUAUUCUUGUACUAUCUCCUUAGUUAUUCUGGGCUGUGUUUCCUUUGCUGAAUCAUUUGCUCCAAAUUCUUCAGGUCGGGCAUUGUUUUCUUUAUCGGAGAAGACUGAGGCAAAGAAGGCAUUGAGGAGUUCAGCUCUUUCUGUGUCCCCUGUUUGCAUUUCACCAUCUUCUCCUCUGAGUGACCCCACUGUUUCUUUGUUCUUCCUUUUGCUACGGACAUACCCAUAAAAGCCUUUUUGUUGCUUUUAACCUCUCUAGCAAGCCUGAGUUCAUUCUGUGCUUUAGCUUUUCUGACUUUGUGUCUACACGUGCUGGCUAUUUGUUUGAAUUCCUCUUUGGUGGUUUCCCCCUUUUCCAUUUUUGUACACAUCCUUUUUAAUCUUAACUCAGUUAAAAGUUCUUUAGAUAGCCACCCUGGCUUCUUUAGGCACCUUCCAUGUUUCCGUCUCAUUGGUAUUGCCUGACGUUGUGCUUUUAGUAUCUCCCUCUUAACAAACUCCCAGCCAUCAUGAACUCCCUUUCCUUUUAGUAUUACUGUCCAUGGGAUCUCACCCAGCACUUCCCUAAGUUUUAUGAAGUCAGCUUUCUUAAAGUCAAGAAAUUGAGUCCUAGUAUGCUUGGCUGCUCCUUUCCGCUGUAUAGUAAACUUCAGAAGAGCAUGAUCACUUGCGCCUAAUGAUCCUUCCACUUCUACCCCACUAACCAGGUCAUCAACAUUGGUUAGGACCAGAUCUAAAAUGGCUGUUCCUCUUGUUGCUUCUCCCACUUUCUGGACAAUGAAGUUGUCUGCAAGGCCAGUGAGGAAUCUGUUUGACCUUAUGCUCUUGGCUGAGUUUGACAUCCAACAAAUAUCCGGGUAAUUGAAGUCCCCCAUUACUACUAUCUCCCUUCCUUUUGCAUGCUUGGCCAUCUGUUCCAGGAAGGCAUCAUCUAUGUCCUCCGUUUGGCUUGGGGAUCUAUAGUAAACUCCCACAAUGAGGUCACUGUUAUUCUUCUCUCCCUUAAUUUUGACCCAAAUGCUCUCACUUUGGCUUUGAGGUUCUAAAUCUUGGAUCUCUUCACAGGUAUACACAUCCCUGACAUAUAACGCCACUCCUCCUCCUUUCUUGUCUGGUCUGUUUCUCUGAAAUAGAUUGUAUCCCCCAUUAUUACAUUCCAAUCGUGGGACUUAUCCCACCAGGUUUCAGUGAUGCCUAUUAUGUCAUAUUUAGUUUGCUGUACCAAGAGCUCAAGCUCAUCUUGUUUAUUUCCCAUGCUUUGCGCAUUAGUGUACAGACAUUGAAGUCCAUUAAUCAUUCCCCGUGACUCUUAUUUAAGGAUUUUUCCUCCCACCACUAGGUCUGUGUGCUGUUUGCUCCAUUUGGUCUAUGACAUUUGGAUGAUCAUCUUCAUCAAUUGAUAGACUCCUACCUUCAGGAGCACUAUCUCCCUCCCCACAUUAGUCAGUUUAAAGCCCUCCUGAUGAGGUUUCUGAGAUUUUUGGCAAAAACAUUUCUCCCAACUGUUGUGAGGUGCAGCCCAUCGCUUGCCAGAAGUCCAUCUUCAAGAAACUGCAGUCCGUGAUCUAAGAAUCCAAACAGUUGACACCCCUACAGAGUUGUAUAAAGCACAUUUAAGCUUGAGGCAUAAUAGUUAUGCCAAGAUAAUUUAUUUCUUCAAGAUGCACAAUCCAUCCAUUCUCCCAGUACCCAGAUCUCUGGGUUAACCUUACCAGUAUUAUGCCAUGUUCUCUCUUUUUAGGCAUUCAUCUACGCCCCUAUCAGAUGGAAGGAGUAAACUGGCUGACACACUGCUAUGAAACCUGGCAUGGCUGCAUCCUGGGUGAUGAAAUGGGUCUUGGGAAGACUUGCCAGGUCUUUCAUUCUCUCCUUCCCGUUUAAUCAUUGUAGGAAAAGAGCGGUUAUAAGCACUGCAUUUCUGUGAAUGACACCAUGUAUUUCCCCCCCCAUGUAUUCCAGGCUAUUUCUCUGCUUGUUGUCUUAAGUGGGAAGCUUAAUAAAAGGCCGUUUUUGAUCCUUUGCCCUCUGUCUGUGUUAAACAACUGGAAGCAGGAACUAGAAAGGUAAACUUUGUAAAUGUUCAUAAUCUUCUCAACAGUGGCACACUGUCAGUGGACUAGGCUAGCCCCCUAAAUGUUCCUGGUAAAUUAGAAUAUUAAAGCCUGGAGCCUCCUUCUCAAAACCUGGGAAACCUUUGCCCAUCUUAGGGAGGGAUGCACAGUUGCUGACCUGCAUGAUGUUGGCCUCCACAUCACCCUUGCAAGCUGGCGCCUCUGGCCCUAACUGGUCCCCUAUGGAAAAAUUCACCGCAUGACCCUGCUUCUCAAAGCAAUGAGGCCUACCAACGUUAAACUUCAUUGAAAAGUCCUGUAAGUCCUAUGGUGAGUGCCUGUAGAAAGUUCAUACAUCAACCAUGUAGCAAAUAAACGGUUGUAUUUCUCAUUUUUUUCAUCAUCAAAUUGAAAUAGUAAUUUUUUAAAAGGGCAACUUGCCCAUGACAGCUCUAUGCACUGGGAAGCAGUAGAAUAAAAUGUUGUUUGUUUAUUUAACCCGCUCCUGCCUUUCCACCAUCUUCCUUGAUCCUGAUAUGUGCAGCUGCCCUCAAAUAUGAAUACUGGGCACCUUUACCAUUCACAGUAGCCCACAAGAUAUAUAACAUAUGCCAUAUUCAAGCCUUCUGUUAAUUAGGACAAAGACCACAUUGUGCAUAGAGAAGACACCAUCUGAGACUGAAGGCUGUCGGGCUAGAUAAAUCAGCUUCAUAUGUUAAUAGAUUCUGAUUUGAGCACUGUAUUCUCUGUAUUUCCUCAAUAUUAUUAUUUUUACUAUUAUUAUAACAGAUUUUCUCCAAGUCUUUCCCUCGUGACGUAUUCAGGAAACAAGGAAGAAAGAACUGAGCUACAGCAGGACUUCAAAUCAAAUCAUGAUUUCCACAUUCUGCUGACUACUUACGAGGUACUUAGCAUCGUCUAGGGGUACAGAACAUACAAAGCACCUGUUUUUCUGUUAAUAUUUUGGAGGUAUGCAUCAGGCCACCACCUCUACGUCGUACCUCUCCCACCUCUAAAUUCUCUCUGGUAUUGCAUUUGUCUUUGUUUGGGGUAGCUCCUCACUUAGAUUAAAUAUCGAUCUGCCGGAGCACUGAACUUUGUCCCCAGUGGAUACUACACUCUUGUCUUCGAUCAAAAUCAUAAUGUGAGAACUGGGAAGCCAGCCAGUGCCUCUACAUAGCUCCAUCCUUAUUUUAGACAUUUGUGAUAUAUCAGUAUAUCGCAAUGUUAAGCUGUUGAUGUAUCACAAAGUUGAGAAUCAGAUAUCUUCCAGCCCUAGACAGCAUCAUAUAGAUGCUGCGGUUUGGGAAGUGGGCAUGAGAUGCAAAAAUGGAACAGCACACUUCUGUCUGGAAGCUCUAGCAAGGGGUGAGGGAGAGCAGGAUCCACUCUUUAAUUCAUUUGUUUCUUCUCCAGCUACAAUAUCUUUCUGAGCCUCCAUUAUUACAGUUCUGCAGCAGUUAAGUGACCGACACCUUUCUUAUGCUUGAUUGCAGGUGUGCCUUAGAGACACAACAUUUCUGAAACGGUGAGAACAUUUCUACCGAGGGCAAAAUAACUUCCCCAUUACAUAUGGGGAUCAGAGAUUGGUCACAUUUCUCCUUGCACUAGCUUUUAGCGGCUGGGGUUAAAGGUUUGUCUCUGAUGCUUUCUUAGUCUCUGCCUCAAACUGUGGUUUCUCUCCACAGAAAAUUGCCCAUCUCAUUCUUAUCAAGGGGGCAGAGGAGUCCCCUUUCAGAACAUUCCUUCAUCAGGAAAAAAAUUGUCUACCAUUUAAUUCCCAUGGAAGCACAUCACUUGAAUAGCCUGACUCUUUCAGUAUAGGCAAGGUGUGACUUGGCCUACUGGCUAUUAGGAAACAUUCAAAGUUAUUCGUACUUCAUUAACUCUCUCCUGUCCAAGCCCACAAUUUCAUUACAAAUUAAUCUUGUGUAAAACUCAUGGGCCCAGAUUGUGGGAUUACUGGGCAAGUUAAAUAACUGCCUAAGUCUGUGUGAAACUUUUCUAUAUGUUUAAGAUUCAUGAGGCUUGUGCUUCCAAAGAACAGCACCUUUUUGUGUGGUACUUAUUUGAUUCAGCUAGGGAAGGAAAACCAGUAGCAGUUCUUACUUUAAGCAGAGUUUGGGAACAUGUUGGCAACAGCAGCAGAAGCAGGAAAGACAGAAAGAGCAAUUCUUUUGCUCCCCCACCAAAUUUGCAUUCUGAUGCAAACGGUCUACUCUGUCAGGAUUUAAUUAAUCUAAACCUUACACAUAGGUUGAUGCUGAAAUGGAGGUGAUGCCUAAAAGCCUUUUUUCUCAUAGAGAGAAAAUGUAUUUAUUGGGGGGGGGUCAUUUUUUAAAUUAAGCCUCCAUGUGACUGUGUCUUUAUCUAAUGAGUUGUUUUCCUAAUCAGUUAAGCAGAAUUUUGCUGUAAUUUUUCAAAUAACAGGACUUUAAUCUUUUAAAACCUCCAGAAGACUAAUAACAGCAGCUAAUAUUUUGAGUGCAAAGAGAAACAGAUGUUCUGGGAAGAGUAAGAUGAGUUUGUUUGUUUUUCUUUUUAAAAUUUCAGCAGAUGUAGCACAUCAGAAAAUAAAUGGCACUUUUAGGUUUCAAAAUAUUCUAAUGUUUAAAAAUUUAAUAAUUAAGUACAUAUGCCCUUGUAAAUGGCAGGUGUCGGCUAAUGGUUGUUUUUCACAAGAUAGCACAAUAGCACUCUUGUGAGGAUAAUCUCAGUGUUUCCCUUCAGCCAGAGGAAAUUAAUUUUGAGUCACUACUGCCCUUUCUGGUUUAACCUUCUGCUCUGUGUAGGCUUUUAAAACUCUGUUCAAAGUGCUCUUGAAAGAGUUCAUAUCUUAAUCAGACUAAGUGCUGACAGCUUUCUGUGCCUGCAAGCACUGGCAUAUGGAUUUUAAAAAAUCAGUUGAUGCAAUAAUGGAGUUCUUUUUUGUGUAAGUUUGUGUGCGGAAAUCUGGGCGGAAGAAGAAAGGAACCAUAGUAUGUAAUAUAACCCAGUAGCUCGUGAGUAAGGAAACAGGACAAAUGUCUUGCGUCUGGUUGCCCCUGGUGGUUGUGGUUCCUCUAACUUUUCUUCCCCGUGUUCAGUUUCAGCUGGGCUUGCCUUGUUGUGGACGAAGCUCACAGACUGAAGAAUCAGGAUUCGCUACUUCAUAAAGUACUCUCUGAGGUAAAGAAAACUACAGUCCUGGUCUUUGUAAAGAAGGAAAGCACAUAUGUCUUGUCACAGCCUUCUGACUUGAGCUCAGAAAGGAUCUUCUACAGUGAGUUUUUGUUUUGUUAGGUGGAUUGGCUUUUCCUCGGGCUCAUGCAGACUCCCUGUUGCGCUGUGCUUUCCAGGCACAUAUCUGGGAUUAUAACUCAGUGUCUGAGCAUUUUCCUCUUCUUUUGCCACUUUCUUCAGGUAAGCCCACAUUUUACCGCUGAAUCAGAGCAAACAACAAUUGGGUUUUCCUUGGAUUGUCAUUACUUGAGCGGUAAAAUGUGGGUUUUCUGGGGGAGAGCACUAGGUCAAAACCACACCAACACCCCACUUAGACAUGGAGCUUUAAAUCCUGGAGCUGAGCCUACCACCACAGGAAGCCUGGAUAAACUCCUUGUCUUUAACCAAAUAAUGAUACAUUCUAAAAGCAGAGAAAAGGUAAGGAUUAGAAAAUGUGCUUGAAAAUGUUGACAGCAUUAAGAUAAAUUCAACAGUGUAAAUAAGUUUUGAUGGAUGUAAUGAUGGAAUACUGAAUAGUUUAUGUAGUUUAGUUUAUUUUAUGUAAAAUAUGCAGGGAUUUUUGUUACGCAGAAUGAACCAUGGAAAGAGAAGAAGGGAAGUCAUUGGAAUUUUAAGGUUGUUGAAAUGAAUACUCUAAAUUGUAAAACAGAAAAUUUAAUAAAAAUUACAUGGAUAGAGAAAAUUUGCAAAUGUAGCGAAGUAAAGCAUGUCAAGACUAAAACUGCACACCGUCCUUGCCUUAUUCCUAAAACUAACUCUAGUAAAAAGGCCUCCAAUUUCUUCCAGAGGCAUUCAUAAGCGGACAAGUCUUGGUCUUUUAAAAAUAUUUUUUAUUUGAUUUUACAAAUAUAAAAUUAUAACAGUACCACUAUACACAUCAACAGUUAAAAGAUUAUCCAAAUCUCUGGACUUCCCACCUUCCCAUCCAUGGGUCCUAUUGUCAAAACUUUUCUACUGCAUCUUUUUCAGUAGUCCGUAUAUAAUAUAACUUCCAUUAGAUAAUACCAUUAGAUAAUACAUAGUACUUGCUACAUUACAAGCGUUAUUGCAAUCCUGCUAGUGUUUUCAUCUGCUUACAGUGGUCUCCAAGAUAUUCCCAUUCUUUGUUAAAGUUUGGUCUUCUUGGUUCCUGAGCUUUCUGGUCAGUUUUGCUAUUUUGGCAUAGUCCAACAGUUUAACUUGCCAUUCUUCUCUGGUAGGGACUUUAUCUUCUUUCCAUCUCUGGGCUAAUGACAUCCGUGUGGCUGUCGUCGCUAGCAAAUUCUCUGUUCAACCUGAGCAAGAAAUUUGAGAUGUAAAGCAGUCGCAGGGGGAACCAAAUCAUGACGCUGCCUUACCUCCCUACCUUAUCCCAGUCGUACCUGAACUGUACAUAUUCUGUAUCUCUUUCAGUUCACAACGGACUUCAACCUCCUGCUGACGGGCACUCCCAUUCAGAACAGCCUCCAAGAGUUAUAUGCCCUGCUUGCUUUCAUUGAACCAGCUACAUUCCCCAAGGAGCUGGUGGAAGAAUUUGUUCGCUAUUAUCAUGGAAUUGAAAAGGAAAGCAAAGUAGGCAAGUACAAAUGUGAUAACUGGAUGUCGGCUAUUACCUGCAGAAUGUUGGCAACUGAGAUGAAGGUUUUCUUUAAAUGGGAUUAUGUAGAGUCUGCAUUUAGGCAAAAAGUCCUUUGGCUUUACAGCAAAGAUUUCCAUGGUAUGUUAUGGAGGACGAGAAAGCUUCUUCUCUUUGUUUUUUAAGAAAUAAAAAAUUAAAAUAUGUACUGAGUUGAGUGUAUAUGUGUGGGAAGGCGAGUUGAGUCACAUGGUAAAAUUAUGAGCAUCAGGCAAUAGAUGCCUGUGGUACUCAAAUAUGUCACAUAGCAUUCAGCUUUAUGGACUUAGAAACCCGCCCCCUUCAGGCCUUCCUGCCCCCCACUUCAUAUUUAAAAUCUAGGGCUAUAUCUGUGUUUCUCUCCCGUAUAGCCAAAGAACUGCACAGUCUCUUGCAGCCCUUCUUGCUCAGAAGAGUGAAGGCUGAUGUGGCAGCCGAACUCCCCAAGAAAGAGGAGGUGGUUCUCUACCACGGGAUGUCAGCCUUGCAGAGAAAGUUUUACAAGGCUGUUUUGAUGAAAGACCUAGGUAAUUGGGCAAGGGGAAGACUUUGGAAUCGGAAUGAAGUGAGCGUGGUGGUUUUACGGGCGCCUGGGAGGCAGAGACUUUGGGGGUCCAUCUACACUUCCGCUUGUCGUGUGCCUAAAAAGCUUGGGUCUGAGUGCUUUUCCUGUGAUUUCCAGGGACGAAUCUGAGCGGCUUUCCCUUUGUCUGCUGCUUUCUCUGGGAAAACCUGCUGAAUCGUAGCAGUCCGCAGAGAACCCAACUGACAUUUGCUCCAGUUCAGCAGUAAAACCCAAGUUGCAGGGAACCAGGCAGAGGGCCUUCUCGGUACUGGCAUCCGCCCUGUGGAACGCCCUCCCACCAUAUGUCAAAGAAAACAACAACUACCAGACUUUUAUAAGACAUCUGAAGGCAGCCCUGUUUAGGGAAGCUUUUAAUGUUUGAUGUUACUGUAUUUUAAUAUUUUGUUGGAAGCCUCCCAGAGUGGCUGGGGAAGCCCAGCCAGAUGGGCGGGGUAUAAAUAAUAAAUUAUUAUUAUUAUUAUUAUUAUUAUUAUUAUUAUUAUUAUUAUAUAAAGAGCAGAUUUUUCCUGGGGAAAGUGGCAGGACAGGCAAAAGUAUAGAAGAGCCCUCUGUUGCCAUUUCAUUACUGUGUUUACUAUUUUUGUUAAACAUUACAAACAGCGAACAUAACCACGCAAUGUUUUUUCAGUUACAAGUUACCGUACUUUUCCGUGUAUUAGACGAGGAUUUUUUACUCCAAAAUAAAGUAAAAAAUGGGGGGGGUAGUGCAGAGGAGGGGACGGGUGAUUGGUUGCCUCCGCGAGCAGGAUCUAGCAAUUGGGUGAGUGAAUGGUGUCUGCUGCAAGGGCUGCUUUGGAUUGGUGGCUGCUUUGUCAAAUGGGCGGGUUAUUAGUGGAUGCUUUGGAUUGGCUGCCGCUUUGGCAGUUUGGCUUGCAUUGCUUGCGAUGGUUAGUGUUUGCCAGUUGGGUGAGUGAUCUUUGAUUCGGCAUUCCCCGCCGCCACCCAAAAAAUUGCUCAUUUUCUUAAAUUUGAGCCCCCCCAAAUAGAGGCGUCUUAUAUAUGGGGGCAUCUUAUAGACAGAAAAGUACGGUACUCCACUCUCAGUGAGCACCUAAGUGAUUUAAAUAUUGAAUUUGUGGAACGGCAGUAAUCAAACUUCUGGCUUGAAUGGAAAAUAAACUCGCUAGUUAAUCACUGCUUUGAUUGACUGAAUACAACAUUUUUAUUUAUUUUUUAAAAAAACACACACUUUGUUCUAUAUUUUAGAUGCAUUUGAAAAUGAAUCGGGGAAGAAAGCAAAGCUCCAGAAUGUGUUAGUUCAACUCCGGAAAUGUGUAGCUCAUCCGUAUCUGUUCAAUGGUAAGAAGGCCGCCCAGGACCAUCGUUGCUGGUUCUGCUGUCGAGGCAGUUGGUUUGCUGUCUGUUCUGCACAACUGAGAAGGUUUGCCCAUUGGUGCAGAUCCGGCGUGCAACUUAAGGGCUGCUUCUCACCCUAGGACUUUCAUCUGUAAUAUAUACAACUUGCAACUUGUAAGUUUCCUCCACAUCCUUGUUAUGGAAUGAUAGAGGCAUAAGAGGGAGUGGAGUUGCUGUGAUUUACAGAACUCCCAUCUUCCUUGCUAGAUUGCCUAGCCAAGAAACUAUCUCUAUCAUGUGUGUUUACCUGGGGAUUCUGCUGCUGGCUUUAAUAUAGUGUAUUUCAGUGAUUUAUUUUUUAUGUACUAUAGUUUUCUUUGCUAGCUGUUUGUAGCGAAAAGCUAUUUUUUGCAUGCUGCACAUCAACAGAUGCAAAGUCUAUUUAUGCAGCUUAGUGAUGGGGCAAGUGCAGUUUUUACCUCUCCUUACUGGGUUGUAGGGAACUGAGAUGCUUCCGUGUGCCGAGAUUACGCUAUUCUAACGGUCCUGUUGCAAAGGGCUUGAUCAGGAAAAGAUUUCCAUUUCCCUCUAAAAGUAUAUUUAAGAGUGUUUGGGAACAGCAGGACAAUUAUUUGCUCUGCCUUGAAGUACAUAUUCAGAUGCAAUCCUUUUGUGGUUAGUAGUCUAUAGUCUGCAGUGUUAACAGAGAAGUUUCUUGCUAAAAUGUCUUUCCAUUUCAGGUGUUGAACCAGAACCUUUUAUCAUUGGGGAUCAUCUCAUUGAAGCCAGUGGGAAGCUGAGCUUGUUGGAUAAACUUCUGUCUUUCUUAUAUGUAGGGUAUGUGUUUCACUACUGAACUUUAUUACUUUCCAUAAAUCAGCAAAGGACCACCUUUACCUGCACAACUCUUCACAGGUGUUGACAGCCUGCCUAUAAAGUUAUUCAGUUGGUAGGCAUGAGAGACAGGGGCCAUUUGGUGGUGGCCUCCAGAAUUGUGGAAUUCCUUCGCCUAGGAGGUGUGUACAGCCUCAGUGUUGCAAAUCUUCAAGCAGGUUUUUAAAACCUGCUUUGAAACAAACUACAGUGUUUGGAUUUUGUGUGGCUUGAGUGUGGCCUUCUGGUGUCACCUCUGCAAUUGCAAAUUGAGCAAUGAGGUUGGACUCUUCCUGCAUUUCCACAAUGGCAACCCAAUCCCUCUAUUUGUUAACCUAUUCUCAAAUCAGAGCACAUUAGGUUGCAGUCUAAAUCUUCCUUGGUUGAGGCAAGCUUUGUUACACUACACAGAAAGCUGAGCUGAAGUCAGAGCCUUCCCUUCCUUUCUCAUUCCAGUGGUCAUCGUGUUUUGCUGUUUUCCCAAAUGACACAGAUGCUGGAUAUCCUGCAAGACUAUAUGGAUUACAGAGGUAAAUGCCUCUGUUUCUUGAUGUGUCUGAUCCUGAUUCUGGGUACGGAGAAGGGCCGCAAAGAAAAGGUUAAAAUGUAUAACGCAGAUGGGGCCUAAGAUCUGUCUGUGUAACUUGAAAAACUACUACAGGAAGGGGAGAGUAAAAGGGGACAGCAAAGAGAGGACUGUGGAGAAAGAAAAUUGAGAUGUGGAUAGGGGACAGUGCAGGAUAAAGAUUCUAAAGGGCCACAAGCGCAGAAGUUUUCUGAAUGGCUGUGAUUAAUCCAUUUAAUUCUUCUUUUAACCGAAAAGGUUACAGCUACGAGCGCCUGGAUGGAUCUGUUCGAGGUGAAGAGAGGCACCUUGCCAUUAAGAAUUUUGGCCAGCAGCCCAUUUUUGUCUUCCUCCUGAGCACGAGGGCAGGUAAGGCAAACGUUACAAAAAGGCAGGAUCCCUUUGCCGCCUUCCCAGAUGGCGAAUAGAGAUGCACACAAAACGCCUUGAACUGAGUGCAACUUGGCUUAUCCAAAUAAGCCAAGGAGGUCAAGCAGAAUUUUUUAUGUAAAUUCAAGUCCAGUUGUACUGGUUCUGUGCUAGACUUUAGCAUUACGCCUGUUGUCAGAGCCAGUCUUCAAUGCAUCUGUUGUUUCCUUCCUACGCAAACACUUAAUUUCAUUUUUUUUUUAAAAUCGUAGUCUCUAGCUCUUAAAGCACAUAUUGCAGCUCAACAAAAACUAGCAAGGUGAAAUACAGUAAAAUUCAAAUUUACCCUGGUUCUCUCAGUAUGGUAUAGUGGACCAGAGAAAUUCAGAUUCAAGUCCCAGCUCAACUGUGAAGCUCACUGGAUGAUUCUGGGUGUUCUCUCUGGUUAAUCUACCUCACAGGUUUUGAGAAGUUGAACAAAAACUGAGGUGUAAGGUACACAUGAGAGGAACACAUCCAUGACUCCAAAGAUGGGUCAGCUACAUUUAUAUGCAGUAAGGAUGAGAGGGUCCAUUGGGUCAGAAGGCUUUUGAAAUGGUAUUUUAAUGUAAUUCUAUGUAACAAUAUGCUUAUUUUAAAAAAUUGUUUACCUUCCCUUUGGGAUUACAUGGUUUAUUCAUCUAAAUCAGUGUUUCCCAAACUUGGGUCCCCAUCUGUUGUUGGACUACAACUCCCAUCACCCAUGACCACUGGUCCUGCUAGCUAGGGAUGGUGGGAGUUGUAGUCCAAAACCAGCUGGAGACCCAAGUUUGGGAAACACUGAUCUAAUUAAAUGAAAUGCAGAUAUACUUAAUAUCAGUGCUUUUUUCCUUAAAAAAAAUGUGUAGGGGUACUCUCAUUUUCCUUCUCAUAUUGAAAUACUGCCCCUCAAUGAGGCCAAACUUAGAUUCACAAAAUGUUAAAUGGUAUGUGUACCCCCAGAAAAAAGCACUGCUCAAUAUACUGUUUUAUCAAAAUACUGUUCCAUGCAGUCAGUCAAAUUAACUAACAGUUUCUCUCUCUAGUCACCAUUUGCUUUGGGGCUGUAAAGAGGGAAAACAUGUAUUUCAUUUGCAAUGCUAUUUCCGUUAUGAAAACUCCAAUGUCACCCUCCUUUAUUUCCCAAGGUGGGGUUGGCAUGAAUCUUACGGCAGCAGACACAGUUGUUUUUGUUGACAGUGACUUUAACCCACAAAAUGACCUACAAGCAGCAGCAAGAGCCCACAGAAUCGGCCAGAACAAGUGAGGACAAAUCUUUUCUGUGCUUUGCUUCUUCUCUCCCUAAGGAUAUGUUCCACCCAUCCUGCUGCGUUGCAUUGAUGCAGCUCUUCCCAGUAAAACUGCAUCCAAGUCCCUGACCAUACCCCCCCAAAAUACCUACAAAGACUCCUCCAGAUCUGUGACUCUACGGGUUGCUACUCCAGCACAAAAGGCAUCAGCUCACAUACACACCCUGCCUCCUGGAAAGUUUUGUGAAUGAUUUGUGAACGCUUGCUGUUCCUGAAAUUUCUUGUUGUGUUUUUUUGUUCUCCUUAAUUAUCGCAUAGGUUGUGAUCUAAUGCGAACCAUCAUCUUUAAAUGCUUUCUCCACCCCCCACCCCUGUGUUCUGCAAGGCCUGUAAAAAUUAUUCGUUUGAUUGGGAGAGACACUGUGGAAGAAAUAAUCUACCGGCGAGCAGCAUCAAAGCUCCAGCUAACCAGCACCAUUAUCGAAGGGGGUCAGUUUGCGCUUGGAACGCAGAAAUCACAGGUGGAAGCAGAUAUCCAGGUAAAAGAGGGGCCUAAUGUGUCUCUGAAUAGCAAUCUAAACUGCUGAGCAAAGCCAGCCCUACUUUUAUUAAACAGUUGUGGAAUGCAACAAAGAGAUUUAGCACUGCUUGUGUUGGAUCUGGGAAUCCAGGACAAUUUCAGGCUGGAGAGGAAAGCUGUGGUUUUGUGCUGUUGUUUUUUAAAUUUUUGGAAAGGCUCAAAUCAUGUUGUAUCAUUAGCAGCUUACUGAAAUCUUAAACUUUCCUUUGUGAGGCUAAUGCAGGUUGGAAUUCAGUUUUUCUGUGAAAUUCUGAAGUUCAGCCCAAACGCCUAGAAAACUAGAAUCUAUAGGAAGUAAAUUCCCAGGAAAUUCUCCCCUCCCUUAGCCUCACUUUAUUUUUACUUCCAGACCAACAAAGCCUUAUGACACAAUAAAGCACAGUUGUUUUAUUAAAAAUGCUUUCCUUUGCUGUUGUAGGAUUUCAUCUUUGAACUCAAAGCAAAACAGCAAGGCAAAGGUGAUGCAGUCCUCGGCUUUAUGUCUGAAUCUGCUGCUUCUUUCAUGAUGAUUGCUUUAUCGCUAUGAAAAAGGCUUCUGUUGUGUUGGCUCUCAAAGCAGUUCAUACACAAGUAUAACUUGUAUAGCCAGUGUGGUGUAGUGGUUAAGAGCGGUAGUCACGUAACCUGGGGAACCGGGUUCGCGUCUCCGCUCCUCCACAUGCAGCUGCUGGGUGACCUUGGGCCAGUCACACUUCUCUGAAGUCUCUCAGCCCCACUCACCUCACAGAGUGUUUGUUGUGGGGGAGGAAGGGAAAGGAGAAUGUUAGCCGCUUUGAGACUCCUUAAAGGGAGUGAAAGGCGGGAUAUCAAAUCCAAACUCUUCUUCUAAUGGGAAUUUGAUCAAUAGGAUCUUCUUCACGCAUGUCCAAGCUCCUAUAUCUUCCUAAUAUACUGAUAGGAGCAGCACUCUGGGAGCGUUAGAGAGGGUGAUAGUGAAGCCUUUUAGCCUCCAUUUUUCUUUUCGUUUUUUGAAAGCUGAGCGAAGUCCUGAAAUUUGGCUUGGACAAACUGUUGUCGUUGGGUGGAAGCACCAUCUGUGAUGUGGACCUGGGAAGUAUCCUUGGGGAGACAAGAGAAGGAUUAUGGCUGAUGGAAACUGUCCUGUCUACCGCAGAGGGAAAUGUAGAAAAUGAAGAGCAAAAUGCAGAAAGUAUGUUGAUGGCUCCAAAACAAAUAUAUUGGGGGUUUUUUAGAGCUGUAGGGGUCAGAAUUGGCCUCAGUUUGAAAACUGAUAUUUGUUUCUAAACCCUAGCCCUACUCGUUCACCCUUCUCAUUUUUUCCAAACAGCCAACCAUUGGCCUCUGCUUAAGAAAGAUAGUUCUGCCUGCUCCUCACUGCUUUCACUGUAAACUUUCCUUUCCAAAACUUCAGACUCAAUAAUAAUAAUAAUAAUAAUAAUAAUAAUAAUAAUUUAUUAUUUAUACCCCGCCCAUCUGGCUGGGCUUCCCCAGCCACUCUGGGCGGCUUCCAAAAGAAUAUUAAAAUACAUCCCCUUAGAACCUUGUUUCCGUUCAGAAGUUGGUUUGGAAGCAGAACUGUAGUAAAUUAAGUGUGGGUUGUUCUGCCUUGGCUUUGAUGAGAGGGUUAGAGACAAUUAAUAGAGGAUAGAGCUGCCAAGAUGUAGCUGAAUGGGGCUUUCAAAUCGAAAGGCAGUAGACUUCUGGCGCAGAUGGGGCGUACAGGUGCAAGAGAGGGCUGUUACCUCCAUGCCUUGCUUCUGAGUUUCCUUGGAGGCAUCUGUCUGGCCAUUCUUGGAAAUGGGAUGCUAGAUUAGAAUGACAUUUGCUCUGAUCCGAGAAAGCUGACCUUGCGUCAGUAUUCAUCCUUUGAAGUUUGCUUCACUGAAGUUGUGUUGCAUCCAAUAGCCAAGGUGUUUUUACAGGAGACAGAUCUGAUGGGAGCAGCCAUAUUUGCUGAUAACGGAUCAGCCCAUUCACAUAUAAAAUAGGGUUUGUGAGUCUACUUUUUGCAGCAAAAGCUGUGCAUGGGUGUGAAAGUGAUACAAUGCAGCUCUGUAGCUUGAAGCUCCUUUAUAUCCCAGCUGUGUCUCUUCUAGUAUUUGAGCUAGGUUGGGAGAAGAGUGUCUGAAGCUAUAGGGUGAAAGGCAAGUUCAGCUUUACUCACCUUUAGUGGUGGUGCUGGGAUAUGGCCUAUGCCUAUGACAUCCCAAUGCAAACUAGGCAGAUGUGAGAAUAAGCAAACAUAGUUAAUUGAAAAAUAAGGUUUAGAGGAGAUGCUGGGUAUUGGAGUCCUAGUCUUCAUUUGCUUAAUUAGAAUUCCUUUUUUAAAUUUGGAUUUAUUAAUUGGUCAAAUAGAAUAUAUCCUAUUUUUUAUCGGACCUUUGUGUGAUAGGGAAGUUGAUGAAACAUCAGCUAAAAUACCCCUGCUGCAGGAAACAAUCACCGUAGACUUAACUCAUUGACCCUUUUGUCCAGAAUUUCACAGUGGUUUUCUUUCUGAGUGGAACUAUUGAACAGAAUGGCAGUUACUUUAUAAUUUGAUUUUGUAUUUUGUCCAAAACCGUUCACUUAAGUUCCUCUAAUGCAAUUUUUUAUAAAUCGAUCAUUUAUGUUGGUGCUAAUCCACACUUUCUUUUAAGGGCAUGUGUGCUAAUUCUAUUGCCAGGUAGUCUGAUAGUAGGUACAGUGGUACCUCGGGAUGCGAACGGGAUCUGUUCCGGAGCCCCGUUCGCAUCCUGAAUGGAACAUAAGACGCGACGGCUUGUCUGUGCAUGUGCGGGUCACAUUUCGCCACUUCCACGCAUGCGCAUGAGGUCAUUUUGAGCGUCUGCGCGAGCGGCGAAACCCGGAAGUAAUGCGCUCCGUUACUUCCGGGUUGCCACGGAGCGCACGUCGAACGCGCUCAACCUGAAACACAUUUAACUCGAGGUAUGACUAUAUUGUUGGAACUGUCAGAGCUCACUAAACAAAGGAGGCAACUUUUUAAAAAGAGCAUUGCGAUGCUCAACCUUAUCUUAAAACAAAAAAAUCUGCUGUAAUGUUGGUGGCUCAUUUUGAGAUGCUUGCUGUUUUAAGGCCACAUGUACCUAUAUGAAGGCAAAGACUACUCAAAGGAACCUAGCCACGAAGACCAGAAGGCCUUCGAUCUUCUGCUGGGUCUUCAGAAAUGUCUUCUUGAAGAUGGAGGUCAGGAAGGAAGAGCUCUCCGAAAUAAAGCAAAUGUAAGGACACUGUGAACACUUUGGGUGGGUGGCAGUCCAGCUUCAGGCAUGCUUGGAGGAGAAGGUAAAAAAAAAGGUAAAGGACCCCUGGACGGUUAAGUCCAGUCAAAGGCAACUAUGGGGUUGAAGCGCUCAUCUCGCUUUCAGGCUGAGGGAGCCAGCGCUUGUCCACAGACAGCUUUUCAGGUCAUGUGGGCAGCAUGACUAAACCGCUUCUGGCAUAAUGGAACACCACGACGGAAACCAGAGCGCAUGGAAACGCCGUUCACCUUCCCGCCACAGUAGUACCUAUUUAUCUACUUGCACUGGCAUGCUUUCGAACUGCUAGGUUGGCAGGAGCUGGGACAGAGCAACAGGAACUUACUCGGUUGCGGGGAUUCGAACUGCCAACCUUCCAGUUGGCAAGCCCAAGAGGCUCAGUGGUUUAGACCACAGUGCCACCGAUUAUCUGAAUUCAUAUUUCAGUCUGGCUUCAGGACCAAUAGGGGCACUGAAAUGGGCUUGGUCACGCUGGUUGAGAGUCCCUGGAAAACUGACUAAAGGGUGCCUUCCUGUGGUGGAUGCAGGAGGACAUGAAAGUAGCUUGAGAUAGAAAAAACUGUUGCAGCCCAUGAAUAUCUUUUCCUUUUCCAGGUUCUUGUCACGGGCAUUCAGCCGGGACCCAGCAAGAAGCGGCGUAAAUUGAGCCCAGAAGAACUGGCGGCUCGGCAGAGGAAGCGGCAGGAGUCAGCAGCAGAGAGGGCCAGGCUCAGGGAAGAGAAGAAGCAGAAGAAGGCGGAAGCUGAGCACCAGAAGAAGUAAGGUUGUCUCUGUUGGCAGUGAUCUCACAGCAGCACCAGCAGUCAAGAUGCUUCACAGUUCUACUUGCUACUGCAGUUUUAUUUUUUAUUCAAUUCCAUGUACAAAUUGCUUCCUAUAAAUAAUCUCAAAGCAAUUUAACAAUUUAGGCGCGGGGCCAGAUCUCACAGAAAAAGCAAAUUCAAAGCCAGUGCAGAUACAGACUGUGUGUAAUGAGGAAGAUUUAUUUCAGCUGUAAAACGUCAUUGAUAUUUAUAUUAUUUUUGUAGGUGUAUCCAUAGGCUAUGACGUCUUAGGUUGUGAAAAAUACAGAAAAAGCAUCUGAAUGAGUUUCAACUCUAAAACGGGCUGUUGAUCCAUUGACUGCUGUGGAGCUGCACAAUUUUUCUUUCUUUAACACUAUCUGCUAUUUUCCCUUCCGUUUUGUGAAGCCAGAAAAUAGUAUUUCUUUCUAACUUCUUUGCUGUUACUCAGAAUGUGGCUUAACUUUGAGACAAGCUGCUUUGAGGGGCCAGACAAAAGCAUAUGUGUGUUGAAAAAUUUCAUUUGGUCUAGGUUGUUUUCUUUUCAGCACUGUAACUUGAUGGAAAUAAGAAUGACAUUCCGAAUAUUUACUGAAGGCAUUUGGCUGUGAUAUUUCCUGACAAAUGUCAAAAACGCCCUGGCACUUCUGUUCAAAUUUUAAGACUUACUGCUAAAAGUUAGCAACUUCCCAGUUCAAUGUUAUUUUCAACUUGCGGUACCUGUUGACGCAUGAAAAUGUUUAGCCGUUGUGUCACUUUGGGCUACCUUCUCAAAUAGCCUGACUCCGAGAGGACUGCCAGCAGGCCCCAGGCCUCCUCAUAAGAACAUAGUGGCCCAUCUAGUCCAGCAUCCUGCUCGCGCUCUCUCUCUCUAUAUAUAGGGUUUUUUAAACAUAUCAUUUACAACAAUCAUUUAACAUAAUUUUUUUUCUUAUACUAUAUUUUAGACUUCCGUCAACAACUUCUGAAGAUUUUCCGUUCUCUAUCACUUGUCCUGCAUUUCUUAAUUUCUCUAUUACUUUUAAUUGUCCUCAACUAGUAAUUCUCAUCAUAGUCUUUCUUGCAAUGUUUCGAAUAGUCCUCCUUACAGAACUUCCUGCAAUCCUACUAACGUAAUCUGUUUAUUACAGUUGCUUUUCAAAUAGUUCAAAUAUUUACUCCAGUCUUCUAAGAAUCUAUGAUCCCGCAGGUUUCGAAUCCUUCCUGUUAAUUUAUCUAAUUCUUCAUGGUCCAUUAAUUUCAUUUGCCAUUCUUCUUUCGUCAGUAAUUCUUCUUGCUUCCAUUUUUGUGCCAAUAAUAUUCUUGCUGCCGCCAUUGCAUAUAAAGACAACUUACAAUCCUGUCUAUUAAUAUCAUCCCCUACAAUGCCAAGUAAAAAUGCUUCUGGUUUUUUAAUAAAUGUAUAUUUCAACACCUUUUUCAUCUCAUUAUAUAUCAUUUCCCAGAAGUUUUUCACUUUUUUCCAUUCCCAUCACAUAUGAUAAAAAGUUCCUUCCUUUUCUUUACAUUUCCAACAUUUAUUACUUGUUUCCAGCAUCCUAUUCUCCCGGUGGCCAACCAGAUGUAUAUGGGAAACCAGCGAGCAGAAGACGAGCACAAGAGCUCUCUCCCCUCCCAUGGUACCUUGGUUUAUGAACUUAAUCCAUUCCGGAAGUCCAUUCUUAAACCAAGGCGUGCUUUCCCAUAGCAGCGGGGGACUCAAUUUACAAAUGGAACACACUCAACAGGAAGUGAAACAUGUUCUGCUUCCAAGGCAAAGUUCACAAACCAAAACACCUACUUCCGGGUUUGCAGCAUUCUUAAUCCAAGUUGUUCAUAAACUACCGUAUUUUUCACCUUAUAGGACGCACUGGCCCAUAGGACGCACCUCGUUUUGGGGGGGGGGAAAUGAAUAAAAAAAUUAUCCCCCCCCCCCCAGCCGCCGGGCUGGGGCGGGGGAAGCCUGAGCUUCCCCUGACCCCAGCCCCCAGAACAGGCUGCCGCCCGCAAGCCUUGCGAGCCUGUGGGAACUCCCCCCGGGCGUGCGGACACCUGCGCAAAGCACGGGGCGUUCUCCGGAGGGCACCCCGUGGUCCGGGCUGCAGGCUGCCGCCCGCAAGCCUUGCGCGCCCGGGGGCACUCCCCCAGGGCGCGCAAGGCUUGCAGAGACCUGCACGAAGCACGGGGCGUCCUCCGGAGGGCGCCCCAUGCUCCGGGCUGCAGGCUGCCGCCCGCAAGCCUUGCGCGCCCAGGGGAACUCCCGCCGGGCUUGCAAGGCUUGCAGAUAGCUUCCUGAAGCCUGGAGAGUGAGAGGGGUCGGUGCGCACCGAUGCCUCUCGCUCUCCAGGCUUCAGCGAAAGCCUGCAUUCACCCCAUAGGACGCACACACAUUUCCCCUUCAUUUUUGGAGGGGAAAAAGUGCGUCCUAUAGAGCAAAAAAUACGGUAAGCUGUUCUUAAACCAAGGUACCACUGUAUUUGGAAGCAUUGCUACCUGCAACUGAGGAAGCAGAGCAUAGACAUCAUGGCUAGAAGCCAUUGAUAACCCUCUCCUCCAUAUAUUAUCCCUGGGCUGUGCCUUGAUCAGAAGGCUGGAACUCAGUUGACCAUUUAUGCUGUAUUAUUAUUGUCAUUAUUAUUAUUGAGUUUACAGUAAAAUAGGUAGUGUAUUGCUAAUACAAAACAUGGGAAGCCUCUCUUAACAACCUGAUGCAUGCUUCUUCUUCUUUUUAAAUUCAGGAUGGCCUGGUGGAAAGCAAAUCACUACAGGUCUUACAGCCUGGAGUCAGAAGAGAGCAGCGAAGAGGAGAUAGAAAGAGAUUUAGAAAGUGGGAUGGGUGCGGAUUUGGAGUACGCAGACCCUGACCUGAGCUCCAUCAAGUAUGUUAUAGGUGAUGUUACCCACCCCUCUGCAGGAGAAGAGGAUGCCAUCAUUGUGCAUUGUGUAGGUAGGUGGAGCAGACUUUGCUAGAAGAGACCUCGUUUUUUAUUCACCAGAUUAGUUGGAUUUCUGAGCAGCCAUAGCCUCCUCUUAGGUCACAUUCACACCACACAUUUGAAGCACUAUGAUACUGCUUUAAACAGUCAUGGCUUGGAGCUGUAGGGUAUUAAGGGUGCUGAGAGUUCUUAAAAAGGUAAAGGUAAAAGACUCCUGACAGUUAAGUCCAGUCGCGAAAGACUCUAGGGUUGCGGUGCUCAUCUUGCUUUACUGGCCGAGGGAGCCGGCAUUGACCGCAGACAGUUUUUCUGGGUCAUGUGGCCAGCAUGACUAAGCCACUUCUGGCGAAGCCAGAGCAGCACAUGGAAACGCCAUUUGCCUUCCCACCAGAGCGGUACCUAUUUAUCUACUUGCACUUUGACGUGCUUUUGAACUGCAAGGUUGGCAGGAGCUGGGACAGAGCAACGGGAGCUCACCCCAUUGGAGGGAUUCGAACUGCCCACCUUCCGAUAGGCAAGCCCCAGGUUCAGUGGUUUAGACCACAGCACCACCUGCGUCCCUGCUGAGAGUUGUUAGGAGACCCCUAUUCCACUCCCAGAGCUACAGUUCCCAGAGUCCCCUGUGAGGAGGGAUUGACUGCUACACCACCCUGGGAAAUGUAGGUCUCUGAGAGGGACUAAGGAUCUCCUUAUAACUCCCUGCACUUCCUAUGAUUCUUUGAGAGAAGUCAUGGCUAUGAUAACACAGUGCCUAAAUUUAUGAUGUGAAUAUGGCCCUAGUGUCCUGGUCUGGUAUUGAGUCUGCAGAUUCUAGGAUUCAUGAAAGGCACAGGAGAUAGAAAUUCAGUCUGAUGUGGAAUUUCUGGAGUGCUCUUUCCUUUAGCAAGAACACAGCAGGCUGAUGGUAGAAGGAAGGAGUGUUCUUUCUCUCUGCCACGGUCCUCUUGGUUUUGUCAUGCAGUGGGGAGCUUUGUCCCCUGCUCAUUUAAUAUAGAAAUGCAGUGAAUUGGUAAAGAAGGGAUGAAGCGCUCCAUACCUCUGCCAGCAACCUGUUUGGUUUCUGCAACACAGAAAUGCAGACGUCUCUCUUCUGGCAGGCCAUUCACUUGCCAGGGUGAAAUUCCUUGUCACUUACAGCAACAAGCCAAGCAGUUUAAAGCAAGGCUGGUAUAUAGAGAGGUCAUUAAACUCAAUUGGCUGCACAAAGCAUGAAAAUAAUAUACUUGCUCGUAUAAUCGAAUGUCAAAUGAUGAGUAAAAGUCAAAUAGUUAAGGAGAGAACUGGUGUCCGUAAGUUUUCUUGUGAAUACUGUCUGUUCCAGAAUGCCAAGAACUUCACUCAGUCUUUGAAGACAUUAGUUUGGCAUUAAGUCUUCCAGCAUGAAAUAGGAGAGGAGCGCUUAAUUCAUUCACAGUCAUGUACCAUCAAACUUCUCUGCACCUCUCUGCCGCCUCUUUUAAAAACUCUUCUGACCGUUGCUAACAACAAUUUAGCCUUGGCCAACAAAUUUCUAAUCAGUUGACUAUUUGCACUCUGUACACAACUCUGUAAAUCAUUUAAGAGAAAUACUUGUAGGAUAUGAAGCCCUCUGAUUCCCAGCCUGGGAUUUGUACAUCUUGUUCUGCCACUAUAAAGUACCUUUUCUUAAAACAAGGUGGCCUGUAAGUGAGUAUGUUUCAUUUAGCAUCAUAUAGCACACCCAGGCUGCCCUGGAUUUUCCCCUCCAAAAUUCAUUUUCGCUGUAUUAGUGACCUCCAGAAACGUUCAGGUGGCACAGUCUAAAUCAAGGAUGCGGAGCAUAGGGUCUUCCAGGUGUGCUGGAUCACAGUUCCCAUCGUAGAAUCAGAGAAUCAUAGAGUUGGAAGAGACCACAAGGGCCAUCGAGUCCAACCCCCUGCCAAGCAGGAAACACCAUCAGAGCACUCCUGACAUAUGGUUGUCAAGCCUCUGCUUAAAGACCUCCAAAGAAGGAGACUCCACCACACUCCUUGGCAGCAAAUUCCACUGUCGAACAGCUCUUACUGUCAGGAAGUUCUUCCUAAUGUUUAGGUGGAAUCUUCUUUCUUGUAGUUUGGAUCCAUUGCUCCGUGUCCGCUUCUCUGGAGCAGCAGAAAACAACCUUUCUCCCUCCUCUAUGUGACAUCCUUUUCUAUAUUUGAACAUGGCUAUCAUAUCACCCCUUAACCUCCUCUUCUCCAGGCUAAACAUGCCCAGCUCCCUUAGCCGUUCCUCAUAAGGCAUCGUUUCCAGGCCUUUGACCAUUUUGGUUGCCCUCCUCUGGACACGUUCCAGUUUGUCAGUGUCCUUCUUGAACUGUGGUGCCCAGAACUGGACACAGUACUCCAAGUGAGGUCUGACCAGAGCAGAAUACAGUGGCACUAUUACUUCCCUUGAUCUAGAUGCUAUACUCCUAUUGAUGCAGCCCAGAAUUGCAUUGGCUUUUUUAGCUGCCGCGUCACACUGUUGGCUCAUGUCAAGUUUGUGGUCAACCAAGACUCCUAGAUCCUUUUCACAUGUACUGCUCUCAAGCCAGGUGUCCCCCAUCUUGUAUUUGUGCCUCUCACUGUUUUUGCCCAAGUGCAAUACUUUACAUUUCUCCCUGUUAUAAUUCAUCUUGUUUGUUUUUGCCCAGUUCUCUAAUCUGUCAAGGUCGUUUUGAAGUGUGAUCCUGUCCUCUGGGGUGUUAGCCACCCCUCCCAGUUUGGUGUCAUCUGCAAAUUUGAUCAGGAUGCCCUUGAGUCCAUCACCCAAGUCGUUGAUAAAGAUGUUGAGUAAGACCGGGCCCAAGACAGAACCCUGUGGCACCCCACUAGUCACUCUUUUCCAGGAUGAAGAGGAACCAUUGAUGACCAUUAGCCACCCUUCUUUUGGCUGAUGGGAGGUGGAUCCAACAACAUCUGGAGGGAUACUGGUUCUUUAUCCAUGGUCUAAAUGCAUAGCACACGUCUUUAAGCAACUGCUGGUCACUUAUGACCUGAGUGGCUGAAGUCAGAGUUGCUAAAAAUCUGUUAGUCGGUAGCAAGUACAUUACAGGAGGUAUUUUAUUGCUCUUGAUCAUUACUUGUCUGGGUGAGUGGCACCAUUCUUCCAUCAGGGUUUGGAUCACUCUUCCACAUUAAAGCACCCAAUGAAGAGGUUUAUAAUGCAGCUACAGAUCCAUAACUCUUUACCAUCACUAAGCCAUACAGCAUUAAUGCAUUUACAUUUGCCAAGGCAAUCUCUAAAAGCAGAUUAAUAUCAGAAGGUCUUGCACUUGCCUUGAAGGCCAGAUUUGUAGCUUGGAAGUGCUCUCAGAAUUUGUCAUGUUAGUUGUUCCAUUCUAAGAAUGGAUCUCCUACGAACCAUUGGAAGCUGAUCUAUAUGAACUUCAAUCUCAUGGACCUUUUCCCUCCCUUUAAAAUAGUAUCAUCUAACUCUUUGCUUCAGAUGACUCGGGCCGUUGGGGAAGAGGAGGCUUGUUCACAGCUCUGGGGAAUCGCUCUGACCAUCCAAGGAAAAUAUAUGAGCUGGCAGGAAAGAUGAAAGGUAAGCAAGAGAUAGGUAAAAGCUACUGUAGUUUUAGGGGAUUCCUCCUUUUUAAACUGUUAUUUUUAAUCAAAUGAUCUCAUUUAUAGUGUAAGCAUUUAAGAUGCCUCAUUUGGACAGUCUGUAUUCUUAUUUUCUCUGCCUUAGAUUAAACUGUUUGGAAUGAACAGGAAAUUGUUCCUUUUACUUUCUUGUUCAUUAUUGUCUGUGAGGAAAGAGCUACCAUCCCUUCUAGGGCAGAGUAAAGCUAUAAGAGAAGCCUGUGCUAAGAUUAAUUGGAUGACAGUUGCUUCAUGUGUUCACUUCCAGUCUCUUACCUGCCAGGUGUAAGUAAACUUCCGAGUGAAUGUAUUUGGUGCGUAAAUUUAUCUGUUAUGCUACAUAGAUUCCGGGACCUUCUUAGUGGCUGCUUCCAGACUUUGGUAUUCCCUCCCUAGAGUAGUUAGACUGGUUCCCUCCUUGUUGUCCUUCUGCCGGCAGGUGAAUACCUUCUUGUUCCAACAGGAAUUUGGGAGCUGACUACUCCCAAAAUAGUCAGUUUAUUGAUGGGGCUGGUGCCUUGCUGUUUUUGCUAUGAUUGUCUGUAUGUUUUUCAUAGAUCAUAUAUUCUAUUAAUGUUUAAUGUCUAUUAAUGUUUGUUUUUUAAUGAUUGUGGGUUUUUCCUGUGUUUUAGCUGUUCUUAUUUUAUCUGUAAGCUGCCUUAAGUCCCUAUCAAGGAAAAGGCAGGGAAUGAAUGAAUAAGUGAAUGAAUGACUAGAUAAAUAAAUAAAUAUCCCUGAAUCAGCUAAGAGUAUAAACUGGAUUCUUCACUCAGAUUUUAGCCAUAAGCUCACCAUGUGGCCUUAAACAAAUCUUUCUCUUUUUCUCAUACUUGGCUCCCCAGAUUUGGAAUAAUAAUACUGACCUACUUUACAAGAUUAAAGAAUACUGAGAUAAUGUGGGUGAAAUGCUACAUAAAACCUGGAUGAGAUACCGGUUAAUCCCAUUAUUCAUAUCCCCACAUCCCUCCAGUGUGACAUCUCAGCACACCUGUAAACAGUUGGUAACCUAUAAUCCAAUGAAAGCUGGCAUUGAAAGCAUUGCCAGCUGACUGAUGGAACAUACAACUGUUGCAGUCAUAAUUUAGAAAUUUCCUUCUCUAUUGCUUGCUCCUGGCAACUUGAUGGAAACAAUCUGGAUUAAUCUACACAGGAGACAGGAAAGCCCAGUUAAGGAGCUAGAAAAUAUCAUACUCUGCUAAUUAAUUAAUUAAUUAAUUAAAUUCUGUUUUGUCUACUAUGUUCACCAUCUAUGAAAAAUCAGCAUUAUGCUAAGUACAUGAAAGAGAGAGCAAUACAGCCAAUCUGACUUUCAGAAAUUCAUCCUGAGUGCAUUUUCCCCUCAGUGUUCCACAGAAUUCAGUGUUUUUUCCCGUUGUUCUUAAUUAUUUUUGUAGACUUGACAUUGGGAGGAACUCUUUUAUUCCCCAUCGAUGAUAAGGAAUCCAGAAACAAAGGACAUGACUUGGUAACUAUACAGUACAAACAGAUGGUUUGCAUUUCUUUCGUUUUAGUCAUUCCAAAUCUUGUUCCUAGCAUAAAAGCUAGAGUAUCGGAAUUGUUCCAUACUUCUUCCAGAAGUAUAAGUGUAUUUGCAAAAAAAAAAAAAAAAGGAGGGGAAAAGAGUGGGAGUGUUUCUUGCCUAUAAGCCAUGCACUUAAUUUUCGGUUUAUCUGAUCACAGCAUAUAUGAUUUCUUCCUAGCUGGCCCUUAUUGUAGCACAGCACCGAGACCGUUCGAACAACUUGUCUGGAAUUAAUCUCCCUGCUUUGGAAAGGGGAUUAAAGAAAAUUUAUCUUGCGGCCAAGGAUAGAGAUGGUAAGUGUGCCUGUGACAGCGAGUGUGCCAGUUGUUGAGAAGGUUAGUGCCUGAAGUCCCAUUUAAACAAGUUGAAAGGGAUGGCUGGGACAUUCUGAUCCUCUAGAAUUCCUGCCAUAUGGGGUUAUUCUCUUGGAGAACUCCAUGUCAGCAGAAACCCCAGCUGUGGUGAAUAAUGUCAACUGUUUGGAAUCGAAAGCUUCCCACGUUUUCUGCAGUGCACCUGCAGCUUGGGGCAGUCUUAGUUCCCUCGCUGCUGAUAAAAGCUUGGAAUUCUCACUAUCACCACCAGAAGCCAAAACAACUAAACGUUUCUGAUAAUUUAACCUCUCACUAAAGAGGUUACGUUGUCCCCAACACUCCUAGUUUAUUCCCUUUGCAUAUCUUUCCCCCAUGUGCCUAUGUGUUCUCAGUGCUGCCUUUAAUAGGGUUACUUACGUAAUUAUGUUUAUUUAUUUGGAUGGUGUCGUUUUAGUUGCAUUUUUAAAAAAAUUAUUCGGUAAGCUGCCUUGGGUCCUGUGCUGAGAGAUAGGCGGAGUAUAAAUAAAACGAACUGUGCCAAAGACUCUGCUGUUCUUCACACAGGAUCAAAGGGGGUUAAAUAACUCUUUGCCUCUGGAACAGGUGGCUAAUGUUUAGGGCCAGGUUGCACCCCUGGCUUCCGGUUACCUAUCCUUAACCUUUUUGGUCCCGUGACAAGAAUUUCCUUUGCAAUAUUAACUACCUAGUUACAUAUCCUUUGUUUUCAUGUGAGCUACAACUCAGACAGCAUUUUUCGUUUCUUUCUCUCAGCAAGCGUCCACCUGCCCCGCAUUGGAUACUCAACCAAAGGUUUUAAUUGGUAUGGGACAGAGCGUCUUAUCCGGAAGUACUUGACAACAAAAGGCAUCCCCACAUUUGUGUAUCCUUCUGAAGUACACAUCUUGCAGUUCUAAGUCUGCCAUAUCUGUAAAAGCCAGAAUGUAGAGGUUGGAAAUUAAUUGCAUCUGUUUUACACAGCACAUUGGGACCUUCCAAAUGUUAAAGCACCAGACUGGCACUGCUUGAUGAGUAACAGGCCUUACCACUUUCCCAACAAUUUUGGAGGUCAUGCUUUGGUUUUUAGUGAGGCCACAAGGUAGUGGUGGAACAGAAAAUCUCUGCUCUCUCCCCAACCUCCUUUCACAGGUUUCUUAAUACAAAAGGCAGAUAAGUUGCAGUUUGUCCUGCAAUUCUGGAAGACUACAGCAUUACAUUUUUAUGUCUUUGAGGGAAAUGUUAUUGCAGCUCAAUCCUACACAUAUUUACUCAGAUAUGAGUACAGUACUAUCAUUUUGAGUGGUGUUUAUUCCCAAGUACAGUGGUGCCUUGGUUCUCAAACACUUUGGUACUCAAACAACUUGGAACCCAAACACUGCAAACUCAGAAGGAAGUGUUCUGGUUUGCGAACUUUUUUUGGGGAAGCUAAACGUGCGCCGUUUUGAGUGUUACACUUCCAAUUUGAGUGCCACACUUCUGAUUUAGAAUCAGAGAAUCAUAGAGUUGGAAGAGACCACAAGGGCCAUCGAGUCCAACCCCCUGCCAAGCAGGAAACACCAUCAGAGCACUCCUGACAUAUGGUUGUCAAGCCUCUGCUUAAAGACCUCCAAAGAAGGAGACUCCACCACACUCCUUGGCAGCAAAUUCCACUGUCGAACAGCUCUUACUGUCAGGAAGUUCUUCCUAAUGUUUAGGUGGAAUCUUCUUUCUUGUAGUUUGGAUCCAUUGCUCCGUGUCCGCUUCUCUGGAGCAGCAGAAAACAACCUUUCUCCCUCCUCUAUGUGACAUCCUUUUCUAUAUUUGAACAUGGCUAUCAUAUCACCCCUUAACCUCCUCUUCUCCAGGCUAAACAUGCCCAGCUCCCUUAGCCGUUCCUCAUAAGGCAUCGUUUCCAGGCCUUUGACCAUUUUGGUUGCCCUCCUCUGGACACGUGCCAGUUUGUCAGUGUCCUUCUUGAACUGUGGUGCCCAGAACUGGACACAGUACUCCAGGUGAGGUCUGACCAGAGCAGAAUACAGUGGCACUAUUACUUCCCUUGAUCUAGAUGCUAUACUCCUAUUGAUGCAGCCCAGAAUUGCAUUGGCUUUUUUAGCUGCCGCGUCACACUGUUGGCUCAUGUCAAGUUUGUGGUCAACCAAGACUCCUAGAUCCUUUUCGCAUGUACUGCUCUCAAGCCAGGUGUCACCCAUCUUGUAUUUGUGCCUCUCAUUUUUUUGCCCAAGUGCAAUACUUUACAUUUCUCCCUGUUAAAAUUCAUCUUGUUUGUUUUUGCCCAGUUCUCUAAUCUGUCAAGGUCGUUUUGAAGUGUGAUCCUGUCCUCUGGGGUGUUAGCCACCCCUCCCAGUUUGGUGUCAUCUGCAAAUUUGAUCAGGAUGCCCUUGAGUCCAUCACCCAAGUCGUUGAUAAAGAUGUUGAAUAAGACCGGGCCCAAGACAGAACCCUGUGGCACCCCACUAGUCACUCUUCUCUAGGAUGAAGAGGAACCAUUGAUGAGCACCCUUUGGGUUCGAGUCCCACUGUCAGGGGUUCAGGAGCAGAGGCACAGGAAAGGGAGGAAAUAGAGAGCGAGGGGGAGGAGUCCGAAGGAAAUGUUAGCGAUGACAGCGGUCCGAGGUCUCUGAGUCUUUCCAGCGAAUCGGAAGAUUCACAGAAAGGGGCUCCCUUGGUCAGAGCAAGGGGGUGCCGAGGGGGACACCCCAGGAAGAAGGGGCCAGAGGGGACUCAGAGAGCAGCAGUUGGAAAUCAGGACCAGCGUCCACACCAGAGUGCAGUAGGGGAGGAGUCCCAGGCAUCGGGAUCAGGCGGCGCACUGCCAGUGGGAGGACAUGAGUCAGGAUUGGCCACGCCUCCAUCGGGGAGCGAGGAAACGGUCGAGAGGAAGGUUGAAGGCUGGGGGCGCGCGCCAAGUUCAAAUGUACAGGAGGGCGGCGCAGUUGGCAGCCCGGAUAGGGAGCCAGGUCCCAAAGCCCGCCGAAAGAGGGGGAGGAGUCAGGAGGGUCAGCGUCAGAAGAAUCCAGGAAGGAAGGGACCCCGGGGGGUAGCAGGACCCAGAGGAGAAAGGAGAGACGUAAGAGGUGGAGUAAGGCUAGAAUCUUAAACUGGUGUACAGGGGGCGGAGACUCAGAUGGAGCUUCGCCGAUCUAACCCCUAGACGUAGAGCUGGGGCGCUCCGGCUUGAAAAUGGAAACUGUACUUCAAUAAAGACUUUUGCACAUUACUGCCGGCUAGCGUUGGUCCUCUGUGAGCUGGGACCUGGAGCCAGCUCUGACACCCACAUUUCCAUUUUGAGUGUUACACUGAGGUCUGUCUGUUUUUGCUAUUUAUUUUGCAUUUUUAUAUUUGCAGCUCUUUUUUGUUUUUGUGCAUGUGUGGAACCCAGUUCAGCUACUGAUUGAUUGAUUGAUUGAUUGAUUGUGUGACUGCAGUACAUUGUUUAUUGCUUUCAUUUUAUGGAUCAAUGGUCUCGUUAGAUAGUAAAAUACAUGUUAAAUUGAGUUUUAGGGGUUAUUUUUAAAACUUUGGAAUGGAUUAAUCCAUUUUGCAUUACUUUCUAUGGGAAAGCACGCCUUGGUUUUGGAACGCUUUGGUUUUGGAACGGAUGUCUGGAACGGAUUAAGUUUGAGAACCAAGGUACCACUGUAAGUGUACACAGAUCGCAUUAAAAUCUGCAAUCAUAUGUAAACGAGCUCCGUGCAUAAGUACGUAAAUAUUUUACUUCCUGACUAAAGGUAAUAAUAGUUGUAGGUAUUUGCUGAGAACUCCUUAACUAUUCUCUUUAGAUACUACUUUCCUAGAAACAAGGCAUCAUCUUCACAAGCAUCCACAUCAGCAUCAUCACUGCAACCAUAA